UGGUUCCCGCUCAUUCCAACUGAGCACCUACUUCACCUUUUCUCAUUCUCUCAUUUCGCAUUCUGCAUUCAUUCCGUUCGUUCGUCUAAAUAUCUAUAGCCUUCCGUCUUGGUCGCACUACCGCCUCGGCUCAGAAUAAAAAAAAAAAAGGAGAGAGAAACACGCUCACACGCGGAAACAAGAAAAAAAAAAUCUGAAGUAACAGAAGUAACAAGGAUCCGUUGAGUAAAUACGCCUAACUAUGUUCGCUCUGACAACUCGCACGAACCCAAGGGCUGUUGCCCAUGUCACCGCUCGCGUGAGCGGAUCGCAUCUCAGGCUUCCUCAGAGGACUCUGUCGACUGCCACUACAAAGCAGAACCCCGUUCACAUGAACACCUCUUUCAGGAAGACUGUUGGGAUCCAAGGCAAAGACGCGGUGCCACCAUCAUUGCGAGCUUCACGACACGGCUUCCUCGUGACUGCAGCCUUGUCUGGCACACAUUCUGGACCCAAGGUUGUGCCAUGGCUCGGAGCCGUGCGUCUUUAUCAGACUGGUCGAGGCGGCCCACAGGGAUUCAGGAUUCAGCCUACGCCAGAACAGAGCGAGAAAGGAAAAGCGCUUGAGCAAUACGGAAACGACCUGACAAAGCUCGCCAGUGAAGGAAAGCUCGACCCAGUCAUUGGGCGUGAAGAAGAAAUCCGCAGGACAAUUCAAGUCUUGUCUCGUAGAACAAAGAACAACCCAGUAUUAAUUGGAGAGGCAGGAGUUGGAAAGACGAGUAUUGCAGAAGGAUUGGCGCAACGAAUCGUUAAUGGUGAAGUGCCAGAGUCUAUCAAGGACAAGCGAGUCAUUUCUCUGGAUCUCGGAGCUCUUGUCGCUGGAGCGAAAUACAGAGGAGAAUUUGAGGAGCGUCUCAAGGCGGUUUUGGCCGAUGUUACGGCUGAGGAGGGCAAGAUCAUCUUGUUCAUCGACGAACUGCACACACUACUGGGUCUUGGGAAAUCCGAGGGAGCCAUGGAUGCCGGAAAUAUGUUGAAGCCUGCCCUGGCUCGAGGCACGUUGCACUGCUGCGGAGCAACCACCAUCGACGAGUACCGUAAAUACAUUGAGAAGGACCCGGCAUUGGCACGUCGUUUCCAGUCUGUCAUGGUAUCUGAGCCUUCUGUAGAGGAUACAAUUUCGAUCCUGCGUGGACUCAAGGAGCGCUACGAGGUCCACCACGGAGUCCGGAUUGCCGAUUCAGCACUGGUGGCAGCAGCUGUUCAGAGUCACCGAUACAUCACGGAUCGCUUCUUGCCCGACAAAGCCAUCGAUCUGGUGGACGAGGCCUGCUCCAAGCUUCGUCUACAGCAGGAGAGCAAGCCCGAUGUGAUUGAGAGUUUGGACCGCGGCAUUGUUACAAUGGAGAUUGAACUCGAGAGUUUGAAAAAGGAGACAGACCCACUUUCGGUUUCGAGGCGCCAGAAGCUGGAGGAUGACCUGAGCAAGAAGAAGGACGAGUCGAAGCGUUUGACUGAGAUUUGGCAACAAGAAAGAGAGAAGCUGGACAAGAUCAAGAGCACCAAGGCUGAGCUCGAGCAAGCGCGUAUUGACCUCGAGAACGCGCAGCGUAAAGGAGAUUUCACCCGUGCUUCUGAACUCCGUUACGGAGUUAUUCCUGGCUUGGAGGCCAAGCUGCCCAGGGAGGAGAAGAUACCUCAGGAAGCGCUUGGGGCGAUUGAGGCUGGUCUGACUGAUGGCGAGGAUGCUGAAAGGCCAAUGGGACCUUUGGGAACUCAGGAGGAAGUCGAGAGUUUGAUUCACGAGCGCGUUACUGCUGACGAUAUUUCGCGAGUUGUUGCAAGAAUGACUGGCAUCCCUGUUCAGAAUCUGUUAAAGGGAGAGAAGGAGAGAUUGCUGAGUAUGGAGAAGGCUCUCUCGGAGCGCGUUGUCGGACAGAAUGAAGCUAUUUCUGCGGUGGCAGAGGCUGUACGCCUGAGCCGCGCUGGCCUUUCGAGCCCUACCCGUCCCAUUGCCUCGUUUUUGUUCCUCGGACCUACUGGUGUCGGAAAGACCGAGCUCUGCAAGGCAAUUGCCCAAUUCCUCUUUGAUACUGAGCAUGCGAUUGUUCGUAUCGAUAUGUCCGAGUAUAUGGAAAAAUUCUCAACCUCGCGUUUGAUCGGUGCCCCGCCAGGUUAUGUGGGUCACGAGGAAGGGGGCGAGCUUACGGAGGCUAUUCGCCGCAAGCCAUACGCAGUGAUCCUUUUCGAUGAAAUGGAGAAGGCCAACAAGGAUGUAUUUAACUUGAUGCUGCAGGUUCUGGACGACGGACGCUUGACAGAUUCUCAAGGUCGAACGGUCGACUUUAGGAAUACGAUCAUUAUCAUGACAUCCAACCUGGGUGCCGAUAUGCUGGCGAUUGCGGAGGAUGACGCGUCGGCGAGAUCGCCUUCAAUUAUGGGCAAGUUGGUCAAGAAGACAUCUCAGGCCGAUGAGAGCAAGGUUACAGAUGAGGAAAAGGAGGCUGUCAUGCAGGUCGUUAGACGGCACUUUGCGCCCGAAUUCGUCAACCGUAUUGACGACAUGGUCGUGUUCAACCGCCUGUCGCACAAGGCCAUUCGCGAUAUUGUCGACGUCCGUCUGCGUGAGGUGCAGGCCCGACUUGAGGACCGCCGCAUCUCGCUCGAUGCGGACCCUGCUUCAAAGGAGUGGCUCGCUAACCGUGGAUACAGCUCGGCCUAUGGUGCUCGUCCAUUGAACCGUGUCAUCCAGAAACAGUUGCUCCAGCCCCUGGCGAAGUUGAUUAUCGAGGGCAAGGUCAAGAUUGGAGAGGAAGUCGGCAUUACGGUCGAGCAUGAUCAGCUGAAGCUGAUUCCUCGUUCUUCCUGAGCACAAGAUGUACGACACGAAACACUCCUGAGUAUCAGCAAUAGUCGGGUCGUAUUGCAAAUAAAGUAUAUAAACCUUUGAAAUCAGAAUAUUUGUGCGCGCGCACUCAU